AUGAAAAGCAAACCGGCCGCUAUACCAGCAUCUGAUGAUCUGUGUGUUACUCCAUAUUGUGUAAAAGCAGCAAAUUAUUUAAUUGAAAGUCUUGAUGAAACAGUCGAACCUUGCGAAGACUUUUAUAAUUUUGUUUGCGGAACAUGGAUAAAGAAUAAUCGAAUACCAGAUGAUUCGAAUGUAGCAAACACGUUCAAUCUCUUGCGAACACAACUAGAUUACAAUGUUGUUGAUAUACUGACGCCACCAUCUGCGAAUGACACCGCUGAGCCAAAAGCGGUUAUUAAUGCUCGUAAAUUGUAUCAUUCGUGUAUCGAUGAGGAGAGAAUUGAAGACGAAGGUGUCGAUACAAUACUUUCGUUGAUCCAAAUAGAGUUUGGCGGUUGGCCAAUUAUUCAAAGUACAUCGUGGAAUAAUUCCACAUUUGAUCUAUUUAAAGUUCUGUUGAAAUUACGAAAAUACAAUAACGACAUUAUAUUUGGGAUUGGCACAUCGAUCGAUGAAAAGAAUUCGACAGAAUAUGAUCUUAUAGUGGGUCAAAGUGCUCUCGGAUUAGGUCAACGUCAAUACUAUAUGAACGAAUCAAAAAUAACGAUUGCAUACCGUCGAUUUAUGUUCGAUUUAGCAUCAGCAUUAACCAAUGACACUGCAAUGAUCGAGACCGAUGUGAAUGACAUGUAUGAAUUCGAAAAGGAAAUUGCUAAACAUGUUUGGACACCUGACGAACGACGUUCUCGACCAAAUAUUCGUACAACUGUUGGUAAUCUUUCACAAGUAUUAAAGACGAAUUUCGACUUUACUAAGUACAUUCGUUCAGCUUAUUUGUCCGCAAAUGUUACUUUGUACGAUGAUGACGUUCUUUCCGUUGCUGAAAUCGAUUAUCUUUAUAACGUUUCAUCGUUGAUCGAUCGAACUUCAUCGCGCGUCUUACAAAAUUACGUUAUAUGGCGUUUCAUGAUGCAUCGACUGGAGAAUCUGCCGAAACGAUAUCGAAGCAUCAAAGAAACGUUUGAUCAUGUGUUUCGCGGUACUACAACAGAACGAGCGCGUACAGUUAUUUGUGGAAAUUAUGUCAAUAGUAACAUGGGAUUUGCGGUGUCGAAACUUUAUAUAAAGAAAUAUUUCGACGAACAUGCACGAAAUCAAUCUUUUGAGAUGAUCAGUAACAUUCGAAAAGCAUUUGUCGAGAUGCUGGAGGAAUCAACGUGGAUGGACGAUGUAUCGAAAAGCCGAGCAAUAGAAAAAGCGCUUGCGAUUGAUGAAAAAAUCGGCUAUCCAGAUUACUUAGGCAGUGAUAACACUACUCAAUUAGAAACGCAGUACGCAGAAUACAUUUUUGGUUCAUCAUUUCUGAAUAAUGUACUGAAAAUGCUUCAAAUCAAAGCUCGCGAAGAAUUUCAAAUACUGCGUAAGCAUGUCGAUCGUAAAGGAUGGGGAUUUUCAGCACCAACUGUAGUCAAUGCUUUCUAUACGCCAUCCAAAAAUCAAAUUACAUUUCCUGCCGGUAUUCUACAGAUGCCAUUUUUUGAUAAAGAUGCUCCAAAAUAUUUGAACUAUGGUGGUAUCGGAGUCGUGAUUGGUCAUGAGAUAACACACGGUUUUGAUAACAGUGGUCGUCAAUUUGAUAAAGACGGAAAUCGAGUUCCAUGGUGGUCUAGCGAGACUAUAAGAAAAUUCAUCGAACGCAAAUCAUGUAUCGUUGAACAAUAUAGUAACUACACCGUACCAAAUUUGAAUAUUCAUUCUAAUGGAAAUCAAACGCAGGGUGAAGAUAUCGCUGAUAACGGUGGAUUACGAGAAGCAUUCUUUGCUUAUCAGAAAUUUACUAAAGCUAGUCCAAAUGCUGAUAAACGCCUUCCUGGCCUUUCUAAAUAUUCUCCUACACAAAUGUUCUUUAUUAAUUAUGCGCAUACAUGGUGUGCGAAAAUGACUGACUCGUACGCUCUCGAUCGUGUUCUGUCCGAUGUACAUUCUCUAGGACAAUUCAGAGUUAUCGGUCCAACAUCGAAUUUUGUUGAAUUCGAUCGUGCAUUUAAUUGUAAACCCGGACAAGGCAAUAGUCGAGUGAAAAAAUGUACCGUGUGGUAG